AAAAAGUCAGCUGUCAAUUGUAUUGCAAUUUGCUCGAAUGUCUGAUUGUAUCAAUACUUUGUUUGUGUGAAAUACAAAAGCGUAAAAACUGUUCCUGGAAGUGUAAUCGAAGAUCUUAUUUCGGAGAGUGCUGAUUUUUUUGUUUGUUUUGAAUAUGGAUAUAUACGGGUACCCUGGUUAUCCGUAUAACCAGUCUGAUGAACUAGCAAAACAAAUGUUCGCCCAGCAAGCAUUGGCUGUGCCUUUUAACCGAGGUAUACAAGAGCCGCACGUAAUGCCUGCACCCUCUGGAGCGCCGUGGAACGCGCAGGGAGUGACAUGGGGACUGGCGGCGCCGCCCCACCUGGUGCACUUUACUGCCUUGCAUCCAGAAGUGGAACAGAAAUUUCCGCAGCUCCAUUGUAAAAGAAAGAGUCUGGAUGUAGAACCGGUGAUACCAGCAAAGCAGCUUAUCACAGAAGAGAAAAUGGCCGCGCACCUGAACAGUCUCCACAUAUCAUCGGAAUACACACCGCACGCACUAGCAACAGUCAAUGAAGGCAUGGAUGUUGGCAUGGAACCAGUUUCCGAGAAGCUGAAGGGUCACACAAUAGUACUGUCCGAGGAGUUAAAAAAGUUACAGGAGGAACCCUUGCUACCUGCAGCCCUAAUAGAUAGAUUCGAGAAACCUCGAAUGUCCCUAGUGGUAUGGAAACCACGAGAAAACAUCCUAGAGAAAUUAAAAGAAGAUGACAAAGAAUUAGAAAAGGAUGAGCCACAGAAAAGGAAUGGUGUCCUAGCAACCAGCCAUCCAUCUUCAUCAACACCGGAGGAUAUUGACAUGUAAAACCUGUAUAUGUAAGAACAGAGGCCAGGCAAACCAUUACCUGCAUUUUUCCCCAAGUAAAUAUUAAAACUUGAUCAUAUAAAUGUAUUUGAAAGGAAAUGCAGGAUAUGUGUGCGAUGGCACUUCUAUGAGACUUUGACACUGUGUACCUAUUUGAUUGUUUGUAAGUCUAUCGAGAUAUUAUUAAGUAUCUUGUUUCGCGUUUAGCCAUAAAUUUGGUGCGGUGUUUUUACUGAAUUGAUUUUGAUUCGAAAUUGUUAUACAUUAUUAAUGUUAGUUUAGGUACUGCUUGCAAUAAUGUUGCAUGACUGUUUUAUUGUAGAAAAUCUCUUAUAGAGGAACCAUUUGUAAUUCUCAUCUGGAAUAUUCGUAUGCGUAGAUCAUAAUCUAACGCCGAAUGUAAAUAACAAGGAAAUACAGACCCUGCUUUGGAUUAAGAUUAUAAAUACAUAACCAUCAAAGGUUUUGCCAUUUCGUUUGUUGGGACGAUUCCUUAAAUUAGCUCUUAUGCAGUAACCAAAAUUUGUCGACAUUUGAAAAAUAAACCAUUGAGACUAACAUCGAUGUAAAUUAUAAAAAUUGUUCUACUAUACUUGUAUUGGGCAACUCAUGUUUUUUAGUUGUAGUAUGUGCACAAAUAUCGUACUCCCAUUUGACAACCUUAAAAGAUUUUGUUUUUUUUUUAUUGAAUAUAUAUAUAUAUAGUGUAACCUACCUAGUGUAUCAAAAUUUUAACAGUGUACUAAUAAUUUUACUGUAAAAUAUUAUAGUUAUUAACUAUUAAGACUGUAGGAAUAAUUGAAGAAAGUUAAAAAAAAAAUUACACAUUUUUUGAGAUUAUCCACUCUUAAAUCAAGUUGUAAUAGUAUUCAAGUCUAAAAUAUUGAUACCAGUCUACUGUUUUUUUGUUUAUGAAUAAGAUCUAAAUGUUAUUUGAUGUUGCUAUAAACGUUUUACACUGUAAUUUCAAUCGCACAUUAUAAUAAAGAUAUUGAAGCGCUGCCAUAUGUUGCAAGGGGACAGAGAUACAUGAAAAAAGGAAAAUAUUAAGGUAAUUGCAUCUCUUUAUUGUUAUACGUAACUAUAUUAUAUAAGGAAAAAUUAAACAAGUAAAAAUAAUAAGAUUCAUCAUCAUCAUCAUCAUCUCAGCCUAUCGCCGUCCACUGCUGAACGUAGGCCUCUCCCAAAGAGCGCCAAAAAUAAGAUUAUCAAGUGGCAAUUAUCUUUAAGACAAAUCUAAAUUUCUUAGCGUAAAAAUACUAUGAAAAUACAUGGUGACAGUAGAUUUGUGCGCCCAGCCAGAGUAGCGCUGAGGCGUUUGGUGACGAUUAUUAUUGAUAUUUCUCUUUGAAGGGUAGGUCUUCGCUUAGCAAUGGAACGUCUACAGGCGGGUAUUUUUUUAAGGCCCCGGGGUUUUUACAGUCGGCGAACGUCCGAUAUACUCCCUUAUCAGCUAUCAUGAACUUAUCACUCAGAAAAAAAGAUUGCGCUCCAAUAAUAUUGUUGCCAUUGUAAAUAAAAACAGCCAAUCUUUCAACACCGGCAGUCCGUCUUUUAAAUACCAACCGUUGGUUGUGCAGCUGUUUCAAGCGUUACCUGUACCCCUUGCAAUAUAUAUCAGUGCCAUAGUUUAUAACAUUUGUAUACAUAAAUUUACUCUUAUGGUUAAGUUUCGCGAGGUGUGUGCUAGACGUGUGUGAGGAUGAAGAUUUUGUACCGUUUAUCUUUAGAAAUAAAUUAAGUAACCACGUUAAUAUUUGUGUUUUGACUCUGUAUGUAGAUGACGAUGUAAUAUGGUGUUUCUCCUCGAAUGUUCUUGUCAUUUUGAUGUUAUAAUACGUAGUGAAAUAAUAACAGGAUUGCAGUAUUGAGUUACACAUAAAGAAAUAAAGCAGUAUGAAAAUGG